AUGGCCCUCAAGGCGGAGCUUAUGGAGAACGAGAAACGAUCGAGUUCUAGCAAACUGAAUCCAUAUGCAAAACCUUAUGGAGAUCACUAUUAUCAUUGCGGCAAACUAGGCCACAAAUUCAACAAUUGUCCUAAUCGUCGGCAAGUUAACUUGGCUGAAGCGAAUGAGGAUCAUGGUGCUAAUGAAAAGUAUGAAGGAGGUGAUUUCGUCUAUAAGGAAGGCAACAAAUUAAUUAACCUAGUCUUGCAAUGGUUGUUACUCGCACCAAGACAAGAGGAAGUGCAGCGGCAUAAGAUCUUUCAAUCUUUUUGUACCGUCAACAACAAGUUGCCAACAGAGAAGCAUGAAUCACCUUAUUCCUUGAGAUGGGUGAAGAGAGGCCCUUCAAUUCAAGUCACAGAAGUUUGUAAGAUACCGUUGUCCAUUGGCUCUCAUAAAAUUGUUAUGGCUCCCUUGAAUGACUUUGGCAAACCUGAGAAACCAGCCGUGAAUUCCAGUUUCCUCACCAUAGCUAGCAAUGAACGUGACUGUUUAGAAGUUGUUAAAGAUCCCGAAACAAUUUAUCACGUUGUGAUGAAAGGGUUGUUAGCUGUCGUACCUGAGAAAGCUCAACUCCUAAAAGAAGAGUUGAUUGCUAACGACCUGCCCAACCAGCUACCUCCCAUGAGGGAUAUCCAAGAUCAAAUUGAUUUGGUGUCUGGAGCAAGUCUCCCUAAUCUACCACAUUACCGCAUAAGUCCUAAGGAGAAUGACAUUCUAUGA